UUGUCUGAUCCUGAAAGUGAAGUAAGAAAUGUAGACAAAGAGGGUAGUCACAAAAUAAUGCAACAAUCCAUCUUUGAUGAUCAACAAACACGAUUUGACGGUAAUAGUAACAUCACAGACAAUCCUGAGAGACAAGAAAAUGAUGGACUUAAUUCGUAUAAUUUUACGUCAAACAAAAAACGUCAUCUUCAAAUUCUUCAAGAUUCAUCAAAUAAUCUAAUUCACCAGCACAAUAUCUAUCGACAAGCUGCGAAUAGAAAUCUUGAAGAUUAUCGUUCCAAAAUAGAGCAUCAAAUGCGUACCAAAUACAACAUUCAUGAGCGUAGUUAUAAAGUUGGUGAUCUUGUUAAAGUACAAAUCGCUAAGAUCGACCGUGGACCUGGUGAUCCCGGUGAAGUUUUACCCCUCGGAUCAAGAAAAUUUUCAGAGCUUGAUGAUCCUCCAACCAAUACGACUAUUAGUGUAAUCGAAGCCGCAAGAUUACAAUCCAAUGCUAUUGCCGGCAAUAAAACAUAUGUUCUUGCAGAAAGGCGAAUGUUUUAUAUGGGAGUGGGUGCCAUCCAAAAAGUUUGA